AUGGUCUAUCUAGCGACGCCGGAAGACUGGCAGCGUCAAUCAUCGCUGCUGCUGCAGGCACGGCCGACCACGGCACGCAUAACCACGAAGUACAAGAUACCCAACCUCGAAUCGUCAAAGUACCAGAAGGCUCUCAAGCGCAAAAGGGAUACAGAGACAGGGGAGAAAGACAAUGCCGCACCUAAGGUACCGAAAGGAUCGCUAGUCCUGAAGACAUAUGACCCAGAGUCUGGCGUGGUGUUGAAGUUCAAGACAGACAAAGCCGCAGAUGUGGGUAGGCUGAUCGGUGGCCUGGGACGACUAGGGAGGCAUAUGGCUGCGUUGCCCGAGAGCACUGAGGGUGAGUGUACACUUCCAUCGGCGACAUGGUCGCAGCUGACAGAGUUCAACAAAGACGCAGUGAUGGAGGAUGCUGGUGCACCCGAACCAACCACUGCGGACUCAUCGAGGACUGCAAAAGCUGGUCCGAGUUCAGACAGCAAGCCACAGCAGGCACCAGCAGGGAGUGGAAGUGGCGGAGGUGGCAAGAAGAAGAAGAAAGGCAAGAAGUAG